GGGAGCGGCGAGGGCGCGAGGCGGUCCGACCGCCAUUUUGAAGGCGGCGGUGGGCGGGACUGAGGCGGCUGCGCUGCAGUGCAUAGUGCUUUUAAUUCUGCAAGCAGCCUUCAAACGGUACCACACUGAUACAAGGGCUAUGGCACUGCGGUCUUACAGCACUGACAACAUGUAAAGAACCUCCAACAAAGAUAUCCUGGCUCUUCAGGUUCGGGCACCUAGCCUGAUUCACCUCUUUCUAUUGCAAUGUCAAAAUGAUUCACCAAGUUUUGUUCUGAGAUGGAUUCAGGAUUUUAACGCCAGCGCCUCAGGAGCCUCCACAGAAGGCACUUUCAUUGCUUCGGAGGGUCUCAGGUUCAGCUGCUCCACUGCAGCUGUCAUUGGACACAGAGCCACUGAUGUCGACACUCUGAGCCCAGUGGUCGAGCCGUUUUGCAGCCAGCACAACAGUACAUUUACCCAGCCAGAACUUCUUCAGCUUGCUAAUGAGAGCAGUGUCACUGAAGUCAAGGAAAAUAAGGCAGAUUUAGACCCAGAGGAACUGUUGGAAAGCUUGUUGGCUUAAUGAUUAACACCUUGCAAUGCUGUGGGAGUGUUAGGACAAAGAGAGACCUCUGGACUUGUGUGUUCUCUCAGAAGAGGAGGCAGAAGCUGGCCUUGCACUGAAACGCAUCCAUUCAGUAGAGAGAGAAUUAACUGGCAGGUUGGGGGAUCUUGGUUGCUUGAGGACUCACCGGUGUGUGUGCAAGCCCACCCCAAGCUGAGCGGAGCAGCUCAGCCUGGCCACCCUAGGCAGCAUGUCCCUCCGUGAGCACGCGCUGUCCCUCUUCCGCAGCGCAGUGGGCACCGUCCGGCCAGCCCCAAUGCUGAAGAGGGCACUGAAGCUCCAGGGAGAGGGGUGCCCUGAGCUGCUGGUGAGCAGCCGUGCCUUCCCGUUGAAGAGGGACCUGUACUUGGUGGGGUUUGGCAAAGCUGUGCUGGGGAUGGCGGCAGCGGCAGAAGAGAUCCUGGGAGACCACCUCGUUCGGGGGAUCAUCAACGUGCCACUGGGCAUCCAGGAGAGCCUGCAGCGAGCGGGAAUGCAGGAGAUGCUGCUGAAGCCACACAGCAGAAUCCAGGUCAUUGAAGGUGCCAAGAACAACCUCCCUGACCCAGAGGCUCUUAGGGGAGCAAGUGCCAUUCGGGAGCUGGCUGAGGGCCUGACAGCAGAUGACCUGCUCCUUGUGCUCAUCUCAGGAGGUGGAUCAGCCCUACUGCCUGCUCCCAUCCCACCCAUUCUCCUGGAGGAGAAGGAGAAGCUCACAAAAAUGCUGGCUUCCCGAGGAGCUGCCAUACAGGAGCUGAACGCUGUCCGGAAAAUUCUGUCUCUGCUGAAGGGUGGAGGGCUGGCCCGCCUUGCAUAUCCUGCACAGGUGGUGAGCCUCAUCCUUUCCGACGUGAUUGGUGACCCCCUGGAUAUCAUAGCGAGUGGGCCCACUGCCGCCAGCUCCCACAGCGUCCAAGACUGCCUUCAGAUCCUGGCCAAAUACAACCUGCUGCACAGCCUGCCCAGCUCCGUGGAAGCAGUUCUCUCCAGCUCUCCCACCAAGCCCGCUGCUGCAGAAGACUACUCCCACGUUUGCAACGUCAUCAUUGGGUCAAACACGUUGGCUUUGGCUGAGGCCAAGCGCCAUGCAGAGAGCCUGGGCUAUGUGACCCUGGUUCUCAGUGCAGCGGUCUGUGGGGAUGUUGGCCGUGUUGCUGUGCUGUACUGCCAGCUGAUCUGCCUGCUCUGCCUGCGCUUGGCCAGCCUUGGGGAAGGGCCUCGGGGCUCUGAGCUGAAGGGGAAUCUCCUGCAGCUGGCGGCAGAGUUAGACAUCCCGGGUUUGAACAUGGCUGAGUUUCUGCAGGCCCUGCAAGGAAUGGGGCCCCGGAAACCGGUCUGCGUCCUGGCUGGAGGAGAAACUACGGUUCAGCUUCAAGGAACUGGGAAGGGAGGGAGAAACCAAGAGCUGGCUCUGCGAGUGGGGCUGGGGCUGCACAGGGCACGGGGUGUUGAGGCCAGCAACCUGGGCAGGUGUGAUGUCGUCUUCCUGAGUGGGGGAACAGACGGGCAAGACGGGCCCACAGAUGCAGCUGGGGCUUUCUGCAGCCCAGAGCUGGUGGCUGAGGCGCUGCAGGAAGGCCUCGAUGCAGAGACCUUUCUCAGCAACAAUGACUCCUAUGCCUUCUUCAGCCACUUCCAGCAUGGACGUCAUCUCCUGGUGACUGGCUUGACGGGCACCAAUGUCAUGGACAUCCAGGUUAUUUUAAUUAGAGCCACGGACAGAUCACGAGAGCUCCCUCUGCAGAUAUUCUGAUGCAUUUAAUUAGCAGCAGGGGUAAAUAAGGCCAUAAACAUUGCAGAUGAAACUACUAGGCUUGCUGUCAAGGGUGCUAAUAUCUCUGACAGAAAGAGUCCACUAAUUAGGCGAAAGCAAAUCCACAGUAAAAGCAUUGGGAACAGUCAA